AUGGAUCUAGCACACAUUGAGACGUUAGAAACCAAUAAAGUUUUGAGAGAUGAACUUAACUCUGAGAUAAAUAUUAAUAUACUUAAUGAGAAAAAAAUUUGGAAAUAUCUUUACGAGUUAGAGCAAUGUAACAAAACUAUAUCAUUUCAGGAUAGCACUAUUAUAACACAAGAAUCAGAGAUUCAUGAAUUAAAAUCUCAGGUCUUAAAUCUAAAAAAAUGUCUUAGAAUAGUAUUAGAAGACGUCAAGAAAAAAGAAUCAUAUAUUUUAUAUUUAGAGCAAGAAUUAAUUAAUCUUGAAGAUGAGAUAAAUCGGUUAAAAACCAGAAUACAUGAAAUAUGUUCACAUAGGAAUAUAUUAGAAGAUAAUACAGAUAUGAUCCAAAGACUACUCCAACCACCUGCAAUAGAAAUUAGGCAAAAUUAUGAUGAUAUUCAAAGACAUCUAGGUGAUGUUAGAUUAUAUUUUCAAAAUCAAAUUCAAGUACCUUUUAGUCGAGAUGCUAUUUUAAAAAAACUUGGAUUAAUUUCAAUGUCUGUAAAUAGACUUCAGGAAAUAGCACAAAAUAAUCAACCAAUUGAUCAAAGAAUUACUCAACUCCAAAAUCAAUAA